AUGGGAUUAAAAAGAUCAUUUGGCUAUUCGAAACUGAAAGUAGAAGUUAUUCCGCCUAUAUUUAAAGUUGUUGUAAACAUUAAGAACUCCACAACAUCACCUGAAGAAAGAAUUUCUAAAAAAACACUCGAACUUAUUGUGCAUUAUGGUGUUUUUAGUGAUGAAGAUCUUGAAGCACGUCUCGAAAGAGAAAAGUAUUGGAAUGAAUAUCUACAUGGUUAUUAUGAAAAUGAAAAGAGGCUUUUCGAACAAAAUUUUAAUUAUUUAAAAAGAUUAUAUGAGGAUUCCCAAAAUAGUAUAAUUCCAGAUCUACUUUCACUUGAAUUAAAAGUACUAAAAUUAAAGUAA